AUGAUAACCAAUGGUGCUUCUACAAUUCGCUCUAUCAAUUACCUUGACGACCUCGAAAAGAAUUGUGUGCAUGGCGCAUCCUCCAGACGGCAGCGAUGCAAGCGCGUACGUUGCCGACGACAAUGCAGAACUCCUUAUCUGACCACACCACCACAUCUACGUCCGUUGGACAGUGCUGCUCAACAACCACUUCGCCCACUCGACGGUCCACCACAGCUUCGACCGCUCGACGGAGCUCAGCAGAUCCGUCAAAUGGAUCAGAAUGCCGCAGCCGCGGCCGCGUACAAUAAUGCGGCCGCCGCUGCGCAACAGUAUCGAGCACACGACCAGGCGAUGGCUCAACAGCUUCAGAGGCAAUUACCGCCUCAAAUGUUGCAAAAUCAGGCAUUGCAAAUGCGAAAUCAACAAAUGACAGUUCAAGAAUACCACAACCUAUUACGGUUAGCUCAACCUACAGGACUGCCACAACGGCGGCAAACGAUUUCUGGAACCAGCAUGAGCCCUCAGAUGUCCUCCAAUGUACCUCGUCUACAACGUACCGCCACAACGAUUGCGCCGCCGUUUUCGUCAUCACUUCAAUUUCCUCAUCAAAUGAAUGCAUCGUUGGGCGCUCCGGCCACAUCUCUUCCUAUGCCCAUUCCACUUCAGCAACAAAGUCUUUUUGCACAGCAAUUGAUGUCGAACGCAAUGAGGGCAAACUCUAGCAUGGCCCCACAUCCCGUCCCUAUGGUCCCUAUUAGUCAACCCCAAGCCGCGCCCAGCAGCUCUGCCCUAUCCACACCGCCGACAAGCACAUCCAACGGUGGUGGUGCGCAUCUGACACGCACGUUGGCUGAAAGCAUACAGCGAUCAACGACAGCACAGCAGCAAAACCAGUAA